AUGAGUACCGGUCGACUUCUAUUCUUUUCAUACGUGUUGUUUAUAGCCGUAUACGUAGACGGAUUACAUUUGAAAACUUUUGAAAUAGAUUUCACCGACGAUUCUCACGAUAUUAUCCAUGGUCAGUUUACUUUUUUGGUGCUAUCUGAUUAUCCGGGCCUACUGUAGCAUGUUUUACUCUAUCUUACUCUGCUCUACUCUACCCUAGACUAUCCUACCCUAGACUACCCCGCCCUGCCCUAUUCUGCCUUACCCCACCAAAUUCUACCCUACCCUAACCUUCCAUGGAGCUACCAUACGCCACAUCCUAGCUCCACAUUACUUUUUGAAAAAAAGUACCCUACCCAGCCUUAUCUUCUUGUAGUCACAAAAAAAAACUUAUAAUUUUAACCUCCCCCUCCCUCCCUCGCCCCCCCCAAUAAUUUUUAAAUUUUUUAAAUUUCGCAUUUUUUCAGCCGACUGUGGCCAAUUCAAGGACAUCGUAUGCACAAUAAGAUGCGGUUUUCGCGACGGUUUGGCGGACAAAUACAACGAAUGCGCAUGUGUAUGUAGCGAUCGGAAUGUCGAAGACAUGAAGAAGGUCGAGCAAUACCGGAAACGCUACAAAAAUGUCGCACGUUAUGGCGAGAAAGGCUACUGA